CCGCCGCCCUCACCGUUGUCCCUGCUCCCAAAGCUUACAUGCUUAUCCUCCAAUCACCCGCCCCAAGAAAGCCUUUGGUUGUUGUCCACCCCGGCUAUCUACCAACGGGAGGGGAUAGCUCGCUCGUAAACCUCAUGUCAGCCGUGUCGCUCUCCACUGGUACUUAUUUCGAGAACCAGGGGGUCAUUGCGCCUUAUUUAUUACUCGGUAUAUGUAAUGCGGCCCUACCCCAGCCUUGGGACUGUUUUCUUCGUAGCUCGAGCUCUCACGCCCUCUUCUCAAGCCCACGGUGGGACCACUCAUCCUUCGACCUAAGACGGUUUGCUUUGCCGGCUGUAUGCUUCUCAGGAAGCUACUCGCAUAGCACACAUGGUGGCAAAGAGAAAGGGCGCUACGGCGUCCCACAUGGAACUCAAACCAACAAUCAGGACGACAGAAAAUGUUGCGUUAGCCGACGCAACUGCCAAAGCUGUCCUGUCACCAUGGACCCCGGCCAUGUUCAAGCUCUACCUGUGUUUACUUAUUGCGACCUUGAAUUCGUGUAUAAACGGCUACGAUGGUUCACUGAUGGGUGCCAUUAACUCCUACCCGCAAUAUCGAGAGUAUUUCGGCUUCGACAAAACCAAAGGAACGCCAGAAACCGGAAUAGUGUACGCCAUCUAUACCAUUGGAAAUCUGGUUGGGUCUUUUGCUGCUGGACCGGCCACUGACUUUAGAGGCCGGAAGUGGGGUAUGUUCAUUGGAUGUAUAAUCAUCAUGGUGGGAACCUGUGUCCAGGCUACUACCCACAAUCUGGGUGGCUUCAUGGGUGGCCGGUUCAUAUUGGGUUUCGGCGUCGCUAUCACUUCGACGGCAGGCCCUGCAUACGCCUCAGAAAUGUCUCACCCUGCUUAUCGAGGCGUUAUGACUGGAAUCUUCAACACGUUCUGGUUUGUCGGUGGCAUUCCCGGGACGUUUAUUCCAUUCGCUACAUCAACCAUGCCUGGAACCCGGUCUUGGCGUAUACCCGUCUGGUUACAAAUGGUGUUCGCUGGCGUCGUCUUGCUCUGCUCGCCUUUCCUCCCGGAAACACCGCGAUGGUUAAUUGCCAACGACCGACACGAAGAAGCGCUCAACACAAUGGCCAAAUACCACGGUGAAGGCAGUCGCGACUCACCCAUUGUUCAGCUCGAGUACAAGGAGAUGGUGGAAGACAUCUCAGUCACAGGAUCCGACAAACGGUGGUGGGAUUACCGAGAGCUUUUCAACUCGCGUGAGCAACGUUACCGCACCAUGCUGGUCCUCUCCAUGGGUAUCUUUGGCCAAUGGUCUGGGAACGGUCCCGUGUCUUAUUACUAUCCUACAAUACUUCAAGGUGCAGGCAUCACGGACAAUCAUACUCGUCUACUAUACAACGGCAUGCAGAAUGUAAUCGGCUUUGCAGGCGCUAUCUUUGGUGCCGUAUAUACUGAUAAGUGGGGACGCCGUCCCCAGCUUUUGGUCUCGACUGGUUUAAUCGUCAUCAUUUUCAUCAUUGUCUGCGCCCUCGUUGCCACCAACACCGUCAAUGGCCCAGAUGGCAAUCCCAUACUCGACGAGAACGACACACCACUCAUCAAGAGCACUGGUCAAGCAAAAGCCGUCAUCGCUUUCAUCUUCAUUUUCGGCUUCGUCUUCGCUGCCGGAUAUACUCCCUUACAACAGCUUUACCCCGUCGAGUGUCUGCGCUACGAAUCCCGGGCAAAAGGCAUGGCCUUUUACAACUUCUGGGUCAACAUUGCUGGUUUCUACAACACUUUCGUCACCGGCAUCGCUUUCACGGGUGCUGGGUGGAAGUACUAUUUUCUCUUCAUCUUCUGGGAUAUCUUUGAGUUUGGCUUCAUUUACUUCUUUUAUGUGGAAACGAGGAGAAGAACGCUGGAAGAGUUGUCUGAGAUCUUCAGGUCACCCAAGCCCGUCAAGACGUCCCUGAGUAGGACGCAGAUUGUGUUCUAUGGAUCGCAAGGUGUGACGGAAAUUCUGGAUAAGGACAGAUUAUAUUGA